GUGAUCAGUCAGACUGGAACUGGAGUCUCGUCUGUCCGCAUUGAGCGGUUUCAUUAGUUAUGAACACAUAGAUUAUUUACUUGGUUGCAGCCUGUGAAGCGCAGACCGUCUGUUUUUAAAGAUUUUGAGAUGAAGAAGGACAUCGACACGCUAAUAGCAGAAGAACGGGCUGACAUCAUUGAAAAAUAUGAGAAGGGCAGACAGGAGGGUGUGCACAUUAACCCCUGGGAGGAUGCAGACUACAGCAUCUUUAAGUUCACAGACCGCUUCGGGUUUCUGCAUGAAGAGGAACUGCCAACACCAACUGCAGUGGAGGAGAAGCACAAACUCCAGGAGAUGGAAAGAGAGGAAAAAUGGAUAAAGAUGGUGAAAAAGUGGGAAAAGUACCAUAAUAGUGAAAAGAUGAUGAAGCGGGUGUACAAGGGGAUUCCCUUGAAGCUGCGUGGUCAGGCCUGGGCUCUUCUAUUAGAUGUGGAGAAGGUGAAACAAGCAAACUUCAGGAAGUAUGAGAAAAUGAAGGAACAAGCCAAGAGGUAUUCAACAGAAAUUAAGCAGAUAGACCUUGACGUCAACAGGACCUUUAGAAACCAUAUCAUGUUCAUGGAACGAUUUGGGGUCAAGCAGCAAGCCCUGUUCCAUGUUUUGGCAGCCUAUUCAGUCUACAACACGGAAGUGAGCUACUGUCAGGGGAUGAGCCAAAUCGCUGCCAUUCUGCUCAUGUAUAUGAACGAGGAGGAUGCAUUCUGGGCCUUAUCACAGCUACUGACCAAUCAGAAACAUGCCAUGCAUGGAUUCUUCAUCCCAGGGUUUCCCAAGCUCCACCGUUUUCAGGUUCAUCAUGACAAAAUACUGUCCAAACUCCUUUCCAAACUCAGGAAGCACUUGGAAAAGGAACAGAUGUCCACUGGUAUCUACACAACCAAAUGGUUCCUUCAGUGCUUUAUUGACAGGACUCCCUUCACACUCACCUUACGUCUCUGGGAUAUCUACAUAUUAGAAGGAGAAAAGGUUCUAACAGCCAUGGCUUAUACUCUCCUCAAAUUGCACAAAAAGCAUCUUCUCAAAUUGUCCCUGGAGGACCUGAGGGAGUUUCUGCAGGAACGUACUGCUUCCUCAUUCAGCAUGAGUGAUGAUGUUGUCAUUGAGCACUUACAAUCAUCUAUGUCAGAACUUCGCAGGAUGAAGCUUGACCUCCCCCCUCCAGGCAAGGGAGAUGAGUUUCCAAAGAUACCCCUGGGUGAAGAGCGUUUAAUAGAACUGCUUCCAGUAAUCCAGACAGAGCGCGUGCCCUUACCGCCAGCAGCACACAACAAUAAAGCCUCAACAAAGCUUCAGACGGAAGACAACGCCUCCCACAACCAGUGCAGCAAUAAACCAAUCCCUAGUAUUACCUCAUCUUCAUCCCUUUCACAGCAAACCCAGUUACCUUCCAGCUCUUCACUCUCACAAUCUACACCUGAAGAUUCAGAUACGACACAAGAAAGUGCGCCUGUACAAACACAGAGUCAGGUACUCCAACUAGAACCUACAUCACGUUCAACAGAAGCUCUUUCGUUGAAAGAUGAAUGUGUCAGCAGGCCCCUUUCAGGGGUGUCUGAAGAUUGGCCUCCUCCAUAUCAACCACCAAUAACAGAUUCUUCCAGUAUAGUCUCAUUUAAUCUUCCAGAAUUACCUCCUCCACCUCUUCCCUACACUGACCAAGGGGUUGAACUUCCAGAAGACCCAUUUUACAUUCCCCCGCUUCCACCACCACCACCAAUUACCCAACCAUUGGAUCUCAUUGUAGAAGAUCCAUCGUCAUCACCUUCGCUGUAUAGAUCCUAUCGGCAGCUAAGCAAGUUUCCUAUUAACCUCUACGUUCCCCCAUCCUCAGGUGAUCGGCGACCUUCCAACACCUCAAAUUAUGACAACAUCUCCGAAGAGGAGGAUCAGUCUGUAGAUCGCCUAUUGGAGAUGGCAGCCACAUUGCCACAAAACCCUAUGUUGGACGUCAAGAACACCGCUUACACCCUUCCUUCAGAAGAUGCCAUGUCUCUUUCUCUACCACCCCCAUCUAUGUUUUUUUACACCCCUGACUCUUCGCCACUCCCUCCACCUCCUCUAUGCACUGAGUCGUCGAGUAAUUGGGUAACUCCAGACUGCAUUUUCCCCCAACCACCUGUUGGGUUCGAAGAUCAACCCUUCCUCUUAUCUUCAGUCUCGUGCAGUCAGCUGGUUAUGAACCAGAAUGAACAAGACAAAGGUCAGUCAAGGCCCCCAAGACUACCACCCAAAAAACUACAGACAACAAUGCCCCCUCCUGUUCAUUCUGAUUACAGAAUGCAUGUUCCAAGUCACUAGUUGCUGAAAUCAACCUUUUCAAGAAAGUACCAUUGUUAGUGUGAACUGAAGAACUUUUAUGCCUUGGUGAUAUGAAGUGUUUUUAAGCUUUUUAGAUUUCUGGUUUUGUUUAAAUGUGUGUUAUACAGUAUUCUACAUGAAAACAGUAUGCUAAAGUGUGUAUGUGUGUUAUGAGUAGGCCCACACGGAAUCUGCGCGCGCAGAAUUCUGCAGAUUUUCCGCAGAUCUUUAGCCCAUCAUUAAUUCUGUUUAUUUACUUGAGUAAAUGUGUGUAAAUCUAUAUUUAUAGUUUUUAAAUUAAUUACAGUAAUAUUAUUGACAUAUGAAAAUGUUCAUCUGAUUUAUGUACAAUGCAGUUUGUACAGUAAUAUUUUCUGUCUUUUAGUAGAGAUAUUAUAUGAAACACUUGUUUUGUUUACCAAAUAAAUUGAAUCUAAUUGGAUUUGCAUUUUAAACAUGAAAUAAAAGUUUAAAAGAUUUUAUUUUUUAUUUCACAUAUUAGGAUUUUAGUUAUGAUAUUCCCAGAAUAAUUCCGCAAAAAUCUGCAGAUUUUUACCAAAAUUCUCAGCAGAAAUAGCAAAAAACGUCCGCAGAUUCUAUCUGGCCCUAGUUAUGAGUGUGUGUUCAAAGCAAAUGUGGUGCAUUGGAAUCCAAUUUCCUAAGGCAUCUAGUGGUUUUGGUUAUCAGAAGUACAAUUUAGGGACUUGAGUAAUCAUUUUUCUGAGGAGCUUAAAGAGUUGGUUCAUCUAAAAAUGAAAUUUCGGUUAAUAAUUACUCACCCUCACGUUGUUCCAAUACCUAAAGACCUUCGUUCACGUUCUGAACUAAAAAUUUAGGAUGAACUUUAAGUCCUCUCUCAUCCUCAAUUGACAGCAAUGGUCGAAAGAUGUUCCAAAGUCCAGAUAAGAUUUUAUGUUCUGUAGGGUUCAGUGACUGUGACGUCGCUUUUUCCCAUUGAACGCAAAACAUUCAAAUAACGUUACUGAUCAAUUUGGACAUGGGCUAACAUUAGUUUUGUCUUCCUAAUUAUUAUUUCAGACCCAUAAAAAAAGUUACUACUAGAUAACGAUCACCUGUAUUUUCCCUGUCAUGGCUAGGCGUGUAUCAGCAAACUAAGCUAAAGCCAGAUAAAGCCCACACUUUACCGAAUAAACGGUGACCCAUCAGAUCCUGUAGGUCAGAAAGUAUGGUCUACUGCUGAACAACUCAUUUUAUCAUGGUAAAAUAACACAGAAAUCAAACAGUGGUACAUCAAUCUCCUCCUGAAGCUCCGACGGUCUGCUUAGAGAAGCUGUCAAUCACAACUGUCAAUCACAAUGACACGCCCCGUUUUUAUAGCAUUAAAUUACUGGCUAAAAACAUACUUGUAACAAAAAUGAAGAUCUGAACCUAUAUCAGCAUGAUAAUAAGUGCCUUAAUUGACCAAAACUAUCUUUCGGGACAUUUUAUUGCAAGUGUAAUUAAAUUUUUUUAUUUGGGUUCGAGUCUCGUUCAUUAACACGGGGAGGCGGGCUUUAUGACUUGUACUGCAGCCAGCCCCCAGUGGGCAAUCUAACGGCCGGGAGUGUCACUCAAAAGUAGGGAUGUGGCACACUUGGUAUGAUUACAGUUGAACAGCUGAAGUCACAUGACGGCACACAACGUUUUGACUGUUUUUGGUUACUUUUCUGGACUUUGAACGACCAUUGUGGUUUGUAUAGGAUGAGAGAGCUCUCAGAUUGCAUCUAAAAUAUCUUAAUUUGUGAAAGUGAGCAAAGGAUUCAGGUUUGGUAGGACAUUAGGUUCAGUUAUUUCAAAAUUUUCAAUUAAUGGUGAACUAAUCCGACAAAAGACAGACACCACUAAUGUGUUUAUCACUGUUUUGUUUGCAUGUUGUUUUGCUGAGGGGUUUUAAAGUUUCUUGUCUUGUAACCUGUCAUACAAGUACCACCGUAGCAUUGUUUUCAUCUUCAUGGAAGACAAAAUUACUGAUUUGACUGCUUUUUUGUCCAUUAGAUCAGUGGUUCCCAACCCUGUUCCUAAAGACACACCAACUGUACACAUUUUCAACCUCUUCCUAAUCAAACACACCUGAAUCAACUCAUCAGAAAAUUAGAAGAGACUCUAAAACCUGAAAUGAAUGGGUCAGAUGCGACAAGAAGGUCGCUGGUUCGAGCCCUGGAGGGGUCAGUUGGCAUUUCUGUGUGGAGUUUGCAUGUUCUCCCCAAGUUCACAUGGGUUUCCUCCGGUUUCCCCCACAGCCCAAAGACAUGCGCUAUAGGUGAAUGGAAUAAACUAAAUUUGCUGUAGUGUAUGUAUUGGUGUUUGCCAGUGCUGGGUUGUGCCUGGAAGGGCAUCCGCUGUGUAAAACACAUGCUGGAUAAAUUGGCUGUUCAAUCCGCUGUGGCGACCCCUGAUUAAUAAAGGGACUAAGCCGAAAAGAAAAUUAAUGUAUGAAUGGGCCAUAUAAGGGGAUGUCCAAAAUAUGUACUCUUGGUGUGCCAUCAGGAACAGAGUUGGGAAACACCAUUAGAUCAUACAUUGUAAUUAUUUGUUGUCAUAUUGUUUUAUGUAUCCUGGUGCAUUUUAUUUCUUUUGAAACUUUGUUUACAUUAUGAAAAUACACCCAAAGGAUGU